GGAUCAAUGAAGCAUCACCUCGAUACGGCUUAUGUUGUCAGUGGCCCUGAUAAACCCAACAGAGACGAUGAAUGAAGGAUCAGCUUUGGUGGCCCUGUAUAACCCCAACGUAAGCCUAUUUAGGCCCCUGUACGUGUGUACUGUAUAAAGUAAGCAACAUGUCAACACAGCCUUGUGAUCUUGAAGAUUUACAGAUUAAGGAAUGCCCAGCAGAUGUGAGAGAAUCUGGAAGAGCUAACGUAUGUGAAGGAUGCCCUGGUAGAGAGCUCUGCCUUUCUCAAGUGAGCAAGCCUGACCCAGACCAGGAAAUAAUUGAUACAAGAUUAAAAGCAAUUAAGCAUAAAAUUUUGGUGCUGUCUGGAAAAGGAGGAGUAGGUAAAUCCAGCAUAGCAGUAAUGAUUUCCAAGAUUCUAGCAAAUGAGGGAAAACGAGUUGGACUUUUAGAUGUGGAUAUCUGUGGCCCAAGCAUUCCUUUACUCAUGGGUGUGGCAGAUCAACCUAUAAUGGAUUCACAGUGGGGAUGGAAGCCAGCAAUAUCAUCCGAUGGCAACAUUAAGACAUUGUCAGUAGGAUCCUUAUUGAGCUCUGGGGCCCAGGCCGUGGCAUGGAGAGGACCUCGUAAAACUGCUUUAAUAAGACGUAUGAUAAAGGACACACUUUGGGGCCGACUGGAUUACUUGAUUAUAGACACACCACCUGGGACGAGUGACGAGCAUCUCACUAUCAUCAAGCUGCUUGCUGCUGCUGUGCCAGAUGGAGCACUAAUUGUGACAACACCUCAGAAGCUGUCUGCUGGUGUAGUGAGCAGAGAGAUCAGAUUUUGUCAGAAGAUGGGCAUACCAAUUUUAGGGAUAAUAGAGAACAUGUCAGGCUUUUGCUGUCCAGGUUGUUCAACUGUGAGCCAUGUGUUUUCAUCCGGGGCUGGGGACUACUUAGCCAAGAAGUAUGAUGUUCGUCUCUUGGGUCAUCUGCCUCUUGACCCUCGACUAGCAGCUGUCCAGGAGAAAGGAUGUAUUAUAGAAAGUGCAUGUUUUGACACUAUUAAUGAAAUUAUAAGGAAAAUUAUUAUAAUAAUUCAAGAUUUGCAGACAUUAUGAGCGGGUUUACUCAGAUUUUGAAGUCCUGAUUAUUUUGUUCGAUUCCUAUUUCAAAAUCAUUAACAAAUUACAGUAACUGAAAAUUUAGGCAGUCAUUAUUUGUUUUUGUUGCGAAUAUUUGUACCCACUUUUAAUUUGUUUAAAAAUGGCAAGUCUUGAAGAAUAAGCAGCCACUAAAUCAUUAGUAUAGUUUAAUGACUUCGAGUGUCAUCUACAGUACUCAGAUUACAGCUUUUGGACUGAUUCCUCCAUCAACAUGGUGAGUAGUAUCUGCUACACUGUUUUGAAUAAAACAUUAUUGUUAUUGUAAUGAAAAUGGUGUGCCAAACUUGUACACAAAUUUAAAGGGAAUAUUACACAUAAGGUUUAACAAUGCUCAGCCACUUCUGUAUGAUCCAUACAGGUUUAGCACUUUUUUCAAAUAUAAUAAUAAUGCUUGAUCCUUUUUUAGCAAAAAACAUAUUUUCUAUAAAAUGAAAAUUGAUAAUUUAUUUGGGUUACAGUAGAGUAUGUGAUAAUACACAGGCCUUGUGCCUUUUCAACAUAUUAAUGUACAGUGGAACCUCUGCUUAUGAAUUUAAUCCGUUCCGUGACCUUGUUCGUAUCCUGAUUUGUUCGUAUGCUGGGUUAAUUUUCCUCAUUUAAAUUAAUUGAAAUGCAUUCGUUCCAGGGGAAUUCCUGCUGUCAGGAGACAUGACAAAAUAGUACUUCAAUAUGACACUAAUAUCAUCUCUACGACUUAUUUAUCUAUCACAAUUCAUCUAAUAUGACAUAAUAAACAAUAUGAAUAACAUAAAAACCUGAUAUACACACUAGAAUGAAUAAAAUAUGUAUGUGGUGGCGGGGAAGGAUGGUGGUCCCGGGCAUUCUUGCUCCAGCUAUGAAAACGUCUUCCCAUUCUUUCCUCUAUCAGAUGUGUUAGUAUAAGAAGGCUGAGUGUAACAGGGAGUGUGGAACGAAGGCAGGGAAUGGUGUAGCAGGCAGGCAGCGAGUGUAGCAGGCAUGCAGGGAGUGUAACAGAAACAGGGAGUGUGGAAGGAAGGCAGGGAGUGUAACAGGGAAACAGGGAGUGUGGAAGGAAGGCAGGGAGUGGUGUAGCAGGCAGGCAGGGAGUGUAGCAGGCAGGCAGGGAGUGUGGAAGGAAGGCAGGGAGUGAUGUAACAGACAGGCAGGGAGUGUAGCAGGCAUGUAGGGAGUAUAACAGGGAAACAGGGAGUGUGGAAGGUAGGCAGGGAGUGUAGCAGGCAGGCA